GCUCUCCCGGGUCUCGGUGGGUUUGGCACGAUGAGUUCCAUCGGCACCGGGUAUGACUUGUCAGCUUCUACAUUCUCCCCUGAUGGAAGAGUUUUUCAAGUUGAAUAUGCCAUGAAAGCUGUAGAAAAUAGUAGUACAGCUAUUGGAAUCAGAUGUAAAGAUGGAGUUGUUUUUGGGGUUGAAAAAUUAGUCCUUUCUAAACUUUAUGAAGAAGGUUCUAAUAAACGACUUUUUAAUGUUGAUCGACAUGUUGGAAUGGCAGUAGCAGGUUUGUUGGCAGAUGCGCGUUCUUUAGCAGACAUUGCGAGAGAAGAAGCCUCCAACUUUAGAUCUAACUUUGGCUAUAACAUUCCACUAAAACAUCUUGCAGAUAGAGUCGCCAUGUAUGUACAUGCAUAUACACUCUAUAGUGCUGUUCGACCAUUUGGCUGCAGUUUCAUGCUCGGUUCUUAUAGUGUGAAUGACGGUGCACAACUUUAUAUGAUUGACCCAUCAGGUGUUUCAUAUGGUUAUUGGGGCUGUGCCAUUGGCAAAGCCAGGCAAGCUGCAAAGACUGAAAUAGAAAAGCUCCAGAUGAAAGAAAUGACCUGUCGGGAUGUUGUUAAAGAAGUUGCAAAAAUAAUUUAUAUAGUACAUGAUGAAGUUAAGGAUAAAGCUUUUGAAUUAGAACUCAGCUGGGUUGGUGAAUUAACUAAAGGAAGACAUGAGAUUGUCCCUAAAGAUAUAAGGGAAGAAGCAGAAAAAUAUGCUAAGGAAUCUUUGAAAGAAGAAGAUGAAUCAGAUGAUGAUAAUAUGUAACACUUCAAGGCCUUUUAAAUUUCUAGCAACAAACUGAUGUAAUUAUAUUUAGCCCUGUGGAUUAUUACCUCCCCAUUAUCCAAUUUUCAUUAAAUUUUUGUCUUGUAAAAAAA